ACGCCCCGGCUGGGCUCCCGCCGUGGGGGGAGGGGACGCCAACGGCUCCCCGGCUCCCGGCGAGCGGACGGACAAUGACCUGCUACCGAGGCUUCCUGCUGUGCAGCUGCCGUUGCGUGGUGGGGAGCCGGGCGGCCGCAACGGCGCAACGCUGUCCGUUGAGGGGAGUUCCGGCGGAGAGCGCUGCGCCCCGGCUCGGGAGCGUUGGAGGCGGGGGCCGGCGGCAACUGGGGCACGGGCGUCACGGCCAAGCCCGCGAGCUGGAGGGCGGCGGCGGUGGCGGCGGGGGCUACCCUGCAGGCGGCUUCCGCCCGGCCCGGGUCGUGGUCGUAGCCAAGACCACUCGCUACGAGUUCGAGCAGCAGCGGUACCGCUACGCGGAGCUCUCAGAGGAUGACUUGAAGCAGCUGCUUGCACUAAAAGGAUCCAGCUACAAUGGAUUACUUGAGCGGCAUCAUAUUCAUACCAGGAAUGUGGAGCAUAUUCUGGAUAGUUUACGAAAUGAAGGAAUUGAAGUUCGUUUAGUGAAGAGGAGAGAAUAUGAUGAAGAGACUGUUCGAUGGGCAGAUGCUAUUAUAGCUGCUGGAGGUGAUGGCACAAUGCUACUGGCAGCCAGUAAGGUCUUGGACAGGUUUAAACCAGUUAUUGGAGUAAACACUGAUCCAGAACGGUCUGAGGGUCAUUUAUGUCUGCCUGUGCGAUAUACACACUCAUUUCCAGAAGCACUACAGAAGCUUUAUCGUGGUGAGUUCAGGUGGCUGUGGAGGCAACGAAUCAGGUUAUACCUUGAAGGAACUGGAAUAAACCCAAUUCCUGUAGAUCUCCAUGAACAACAGCUGAGUUUGGAUCAACAUAGCAAGGCCCUCAACAGUACAAGAAUCUGUGAUCAAACAAUACUCAGCAGCCCUGGAGCAGGAACACAGAAAUCGGAUGGUGAGGGUUACCCAGGAAUGAGGAUUCGCAGCUCGGGAACAGUGGAAGGAGCUGAGGUUUCUGGGCCAUACCUUUUGCCAGUAAGAGCACUAAAUGAAGUCUUCAUUGGGGAAAGUCUGUCAUCCAGAAUGUCUCAUUCUUGGACUGUCGCUGUGGACAGUGUAAGAAGAGGUAUAACCACUCUUAAGGGACUGGCCUCCUACUAUGAAAUAUCAAUUGAUGAUGGUCCCUGGGAAAAACAGAAGAGUUCAGGACUCAAUCUGUGCACUGGAACAGGAUCAAAAGCCUGGUCAUAUAAUAUUAACAGGGUUGCAACACAAGCUGUAGAAGACGUUUUAAAGAUUGCUAAAGAACAAGCAAAUUUGGAUUUUCCGUUGAAUAAGGAUUUAAUUGAGAAAGUAACAAAUGAAUAUAAUGAAUCUUUAUUGUAUAGUCCGGAAGAACCAAAGAUGCUUUUCAGCAUUCGAGAACCUAUAGUAAAUCGUAUAUUCUCAAGUAGUCGUCAGCGUUGUUUCUCUUCAAAGGUAUGCGUUCGUUCUCGAUGUUGGGAUGCCUGUAUGGUUAUAGAUGGAGGAACUUCCUUUGAGUUUAAUGAUGGAGCAAUAGCUUCGAUAAUGAUCAAUAGAGAUGAUGAACUUCGAACUGUGCUGCUAGAGCAGUGAAGGACUUGGUGGACAAUAAAUUCUGAUCACCCCCAAGAAAAACACUUUAAUUGCAGAAACAGACUGCAUGUCAGCACUGCAUUUAAAAAAAAAAAAAAAAAUUGUUGAUGGCUGUUCCCUAUAAUUUGGAACAAAGCCAGCUCUGAAAUUUGGGAGGUCUUGAGAGAACUUCUAUGGUGAGAAAGCUUGAAAAAAAAAAGUAUUUAUUGCUUAAGAAAACUGAUGGACUAAAAUUACAUAGAGAUCUUAAAAUUCGUGCCAGCUAUUUAACCUACAGAUGUUUUUUAAGUGGCAAUAUUUUUAAAGAGGUAGGUUCAAAUAAAAGAUUAAAUGUAUAGGGUGUGAUUUAACUAUAAUAGGGUCUCUUCACCUCUUCCCUCAUUCCCAACUCCUUCCAAUAGUAUUUGAGGAUUGUUCAAACCAAACAUACUUGUCACUCAUGAUUUUUUUUUUUUUUUUUUUUUAACAGAAAAGCAACUUGAAUGUUAAGAUUUAUUGUUCUGAUGAUGAUUAUAGAUAAUUUUUAUAAAUCUUGACAUUGACCUAUUUGAAAUAGGUGAAUGUUUUUUUAUAUACAUACUUUUAAGAAUUUUAUAAUUUCAGAACAUAGUGAUGAUAAUGCCUUAUUUUUUCAUCUUCAGUGAUUUAAGGCCAAUGUGAAAUUUAAACCUAUUUCCUUUUCUGCCCCAUGUUUCCUCUCAUCUUUUAAAAACUUUACAUGAACCUUUCAUUUAUUAUUUGAUUCGGGUUAUACUGUUCACUUGUGAUUGAAAUGCAUUUAUCUGAAAAAAAAUCAUGCUGCUAUAACAAAGCAAACUUUCUAACUUCUCAAGAAUUAUCUUGAUAAUGAAUCAGAUUUUAAAAUGUGAUCAUUGAUAAUCCUUCCGUUUUUACAAUUUGAUGAUGAUGAUGAUAAUGUGACAAUAAAAUGAAGAUUAUAUCUACAUAAUUUGAAUUUACUUUAACCUUAAGAAAAACUAUUUACUGUUUGAAUCUACUGUUGGGCAUAGGAUCUGAAAAAAAGUCAACAUGAAAAUGAGUGAAACAUUUGUAUUCAUUCUCUUUUGAAUGCCUUGGCUGUAAUUUUAUUAUUUUCUUAAGUUUUCAUCUAAUUUGCUUCAAGCUUUACAUACCUAUAUUGAUGAGUUCUGUUAAAAUUUUACCUCCUUUUUCCCUCAUGUUUUGAAUUAGAUGAAAAUUUAUGAAUAAAAAUGCAAACAACUUUUUAAUUUUCACCCCAUUAACAAGUCAUAUUCUUUCAGUAUUCCCACUAUUGCUAAUACAUAGUAUUCAUGUGGGAAAAGCUUCAAUGAAAACUUUUUUGUAGCAAUCAGAAAAUAAUUUGUAAAUAAAAAUAGUAAUUAAAAAUACAAGUGAACUAAAAUGUUUUUCUAUGCAAUGCAAUGGAAUUUAUCAUGUUCUUUUUACUCACCAAGUUAGAGGGAGCCAAAGUUUUGUACUAUGUAACAGUGAGAAUAACAAAAUUAAGAUAGCAUGUCUGUAGUAGGUGAGUAAUGUCAAUUUUAUUUUGCUGCUGUUUUUCAUUUAAGGGAAAAAACCAAACACUUUUAGGGCUAGACCUGAUUUGUUUAAAGAAUUCAAGCCUUUAGUUUCUAUUCUACUUAAAUUUUUUUUAUAAAUGCCUAACUUAAUAUUUUGUCCUGUAAAGUUUCCCUUGAAAGUUUCCAUUAUGAGCUUAAGAUGGCUUUUUGGAGAAAUGUCAAUUUCUAGUAGCUCAAGAAAAUCUGAUCUGUUUGAAAAGUGAUAAAAAUGAACUUGCUUUGUAUAUUGGUAGGAAAUGGUCAGUGUAAAAGAUGUGCUUUGAUUGGUAAGAUUAUCUUCAGUGUUUUAUGUGGGGCAGUAGAGAAGUAGCAUAGGGAGGGAACAGGAAGAUAAAAUAACUAAAAUGUCUUUUUAAUAUGAAAGUAGCAAUUUGAACAUUAUGAAAAACUAAAUUUGAAUCAAAUUAACUUAAUGAUCUAGAUAUAAUAAAGAAUUAUUUAGCCCCUCUUAAAAGACUAAAAGAUUUUAUUAUUUAUAUUAAAAUUUUUGAAGCAAGCAUUUGGCCCAAGUAGAAAUGAAUGGUUCUGUCAUGUAAACAUUUCUUCACACAGAAAUAGCUUGGCGAUUGAAUAAUAAAUACAACUUUGUAAAAAUUAAAUUUACUACCAUUUUUAUCACCUGUCCAAAAAAAUGUAAAGUUUAAUAACUUCAUAUUACUUUAAUCACACAUUUCACUGUACUAGUAUAUAUCGUGGUAGCCAAGAUAUGAUCUUAGGAAUAUUUUGAAAAUAUCUUUUCUUCCAUCAAUGCAGUCACCUCACCUUCUGUUAAAAAUACUAUAUAUUAAUAUUGGGUUCCUUCUGCUCAUUUUAUAGUAAUUAACAAAUGCAUUAAUUGAAAUAGUAGAAAAAAGUGAGUCCUAUAUAUAUAUAUGUGUGUGUGUGUGUGUGUGUAUACUUAAAUACAUUUGUACUUACAUAUAAUUAUGUAUACAUAAAACAAGGGUUCUAUAAAGUUAGAAGUUUUUUCUUUUUUAGCUUUUUUAAAGAAGGUAAGACAAAACUACUUUAAAAAUGCAUCUUUAUAAACAGAUAGCUAGCUUAAAAGGUCAAAUGUUGACAUUUUUUACUGACACUAAUAAAAGGGUAUUAGAAAAAAGAACAUUUCCUUUAAAAUGCCUUGGAAAUUUAUCAUAUUUUAGCAAAUGCUUAAGUUCUAACUCCAUAUUUGAAAACUGAAACUUGGAAGAAAAAAAAAUCUCAUGACAUAUUUUUUCACAUAUACAUUGAUAUAUAGAAAAAUAAUAUGAUUUCUGAAGUUGUCCCUUUUUCAUACCAUCAGAUUGUAAGCUCCUUAAGAGCAGGGAAUUAUGUCUUCUGCUUUUAAUGUGACACAGUGAAUAAUUAUAUAUUGAUUUAGUUUGCCAGUGCAGAAACUAUCAGUCUGGGCACAUGAUUUUGCCAAAGUGAAAUUAUAUCCUUUGCUUUUAUGGAGGGGAGCGGGAAGAAGACUAUGGAAUGUUGGUAAUUGUGUGUAUUAAAUAUAAAAUGAUACAGUAUUUGCCUUUGUAUUUUCAUAAUUUUUGUAUUUCAAAUAGAUUUCUCAUCAUCAGUUUUUAACAUUUGACAGUUACAUCUGGAUAAAAUUAACCUAAGCAUUUUCA